AUGUGGUCCGACACACGGGAAGCCACGCUGCCUACCAGCAGCGCGUCGGUCGUCUCGGGUCGCUCGCUGUCGCCGUCGCUCGUGAUCGCUGGGCGUCGUCACGGCCGCGCGCUUGUGCUGCUCGUUGUUCUCGUGAUUCUUGCGUACGUGUCGCUGUCCAGGUCGUUCAUUGGUCGAAACAGCAGCAGCAGCAGCAGUGUGGACGUGCGCAAUGCCGAGUGGGCACCCGACAACAGGGGCUCGAGCAAGACCGAGUGGCAGCGGGCGUCGAUGGAGGGCAAAAGUCGACACAAUAUAAGGCACAGCUCGACCCUCGCGCUGCCGACCAAGCCCGACUCGUUUGGCAUUGUGCUAGUGGCUGAUCUGGAUCAGCAGUCAAAAGACGGAGGCAGUAAGAAGCCGCAGUUCAUGUCGUACAUUCUGCACGCGACGCUCAAGGUCACGCCCAGCAGCUCCAGUUCGUACGAGAAACGCGACACGUACGCAGUGUCGUUUGGCGACGAGACGAAGUUUACCACGAGCCUGAACGAAGGGGGGCGAGGCUUUGAGCUGAGCGAACUCGCGUGGUUCAAUGGCAAAUUGCUCGCGUUUGACGAUCGCACGGGUGUUGUCUUUCGCUUGCAGCACUUUGAAGGAGUGAGCAAAGCGAAACCGUUGCAAGCUAUUCCAGAGCACAUUGUCAUGGAAGGAGAUGGUGUGGCUGGUAAGGGGCAAAAGCACGAGUGGGCCACGGUCAAGGACGACGAGCUGUACAUGGGCAGCGUCGGCAAGGAGUUUACGGACAAUCGAGGCAAUAUUGUGGGAGACAGCAAUAUGUGGGUCGCUGUUAUGGACCGCGCUGGUGACGUUCGCCACGAAGACUGGACAGCAAACUUUGCGGCUGUGCGCACGGCUAUGGGCUGUGACUGGCCAGGGUAUGUGGUGCACGAAGCGAUCGAGUGGAGUCCCGCUCGUCGUCAAUGGUUUAUUUUACCUCGCCGUGUGAGCACGCAGAUGUACAAUAGUAAGGAAGAUGAGAAGCGUGGCUCUAACAAGGUUGUCAUUGCGAGCGAAGAUUUCAGCAGCAUUCAGGUGCGCGAAGUCGGCAGGGUUACGCCACUGCGUGGAUUCUCUUCGUUUAAGUUUGUCCCGCGAUCCGACGAUUCGGUGAUUGUGGCUGUAAAGAGUGUCGAGGUGGAGGAUGAACAGCGGCAGACCUCUUUUAUCACGGUGUUUGACUUGGAAGGAAACGUGCUGUUGGAUGAGACGGAAAUUCCGGGUGCUAAGAAGUAUGAGGGUGUCGCAUUUGCACACGACUGGUCUUGA